AUAUGGCGAAAGUGUUUUCAUUCCUGUGCGAGUUGGAGAACACUCGCAUGCUUGUGUCCCCUACAGAUGGUGGAUUUAUAAGUUAAACACAUAAACGGCUGCAGGUUUCCGGAAUCCCUUUCACCCCUAAAUUAUACGUGGGAUAAAGUGCAAACCUGCUCACAUCUCAGCUCCUCCAGUAAAAAGGCACACCGAGCUCCAGCCCUCCGUUCCCUCAGAGGCAUGGUUUCUCAAGUGACCACCUCCCUCGUCAAGUGCCUGCUGAUACUCCUCGGCUUGGUCUCAGUCAUACUGAAUAUCGUUUUGAUAUGCCUGAAUUCCAACAGGCUUCCAAAAUGCCAGAUGCAAUCACAAGGAACGGUGGCGGCCAACCACACGGACCACAGCUUGAUAUUCGCCGACCUCACCCCCAAGGAGUACCAGAUGGUCCGCGAUUACAUGUGGAGUCAGAAGGACUUGAGGAUUUCUCACUCUGCCUUUGCAAAGGCUUCGGAGAACUUCAUCUUCUUGAUUGACCUUGUGCUUCCGAAAAAAGCAGAAGCGCUAAGUUACCUGGAUUCUCAGGGAGUCAAACCCCAACGCCAAGCCAGCGUUGUGGUGUUUUUCGGGGAGCAUAGCUACCUCAAAGAGUAUAUCGUGGGACCUCUGACCGGUCCCAUCCGCCAUCGAGAUGUCACAAAGGAGAAGUACAAGGUGGAGAGCCUACCUUACACGGCCCGCCCUGUGACCAUCGGAGAAUAUGGGCAGCUUUUCCAGUUAGUGUAUGGUGAGGUCUUCAGCCAGCUUCAGACAGAACUGAAGGAGAGCUUCGGUUACGACCCAAAAAACCCGAACCUUCAGGUUUUCGAAGGAAUGCCCAGAGGAGUAAAAGCAGGCGAUCGGAAGACAUGGGUAUCAUUUUUCCGUGCGUACAGCGGCAUGUAUAUCCAUCCAGUUGGCUUCGAAAUUUUAAUCUGUCAUGAAAGUAAAAACUUCUCAGACUGGACUGUUGAAAAGCUCAUGUACAAUGGCAAGUACUUUGACAGCAUUGAUGUUUUUAAAAUAUAUUAUGCAUCAGGUACUUUGGAAAAAAUUGUUUAUAAAGAAAUCUCUAAUUACGCCUCGCUGAAACCGAGAAGCAUACCGACAGGGCUGGGACCACAACAGUAUUACCUCCAAGGCAAGCGUUUCAGUGUGAAGAACAACCAGGUCAUUUACCAGGACUGGAGCUUUGCGUUCGGUCUGAGCUCACUGACCGGCAUGCGAGCCUUCGAUAUCCGCUUCAGAGGAGAUAGGAUCAUCUACGAGCUUAGCGUCCAGGAGGCCAUGUCUGUGUAUGGCUCCAUAACUCCAGGGAUGAUGCUCACCAAGUUUCUGGACACUAGCAUCGGCAUUGGCCGCUUCGCCCACGAACUGGUGCGAGGCGUUGACUGUCCAUAUUCCGCCACUUAUGUGGACGUCUACCGCUACAUUGACAUCAACGCCACGCAGCUUUUCAGAAAUGCCAUCUGUGUCUUCGAACAUGACGUGGGACGACCGCUACGCCGUCACUUUUCUGAUUUCUUCUACAACAGCUACGGGGGUCUGACCAACAGUGCCCUGUACCUCCGGAGCAUCACAGCCAUUGGCAACUACGACUACAUCUGGGACUUCAUCUUCUACCAGAGCGGCACGGUGGAGGCCAGAGUUCACGCCACCGGUUACAUAUCGUCCUCUUAUAAAGUGCCUGGCAGUCUGAAGUAUGGCCACCAGGUCGCCGAAAACGUGCUUGGAAAUGUCCACACACACUUCGUGAACUUCAAGGUGGAUCUGGAUAUUUUAGGUGUGAGGAACGUGUUCCAGACCAAAGACAUGGAGUACGAGGAGGUGUCUUUGCCCUGGAUGCCUGAACGCAAGGCCAAAAUCCCCACGGUGGUGGAGAAACAGCUGAAGACUGAGCAGGAGGCGGCGCUUCGACACGGCACUAAAAUUCCCCGUUAUCUCCACGUGGCCAGUAAUCAGAAGAACCGGUGGGGCCACCAGCGCUCGUACAAGCUGCAGGUGAUUACUAUGGCUGGAGAUCAUCUCCCAGAGAGCGAGCCGGAGGAGAGGAGCAUGUCCUGGGCACGGUACAAAGUUGCCAUAACGAAGCAGAAAGACUCGGAGCAGACCUGCAGCAGUCUGUACAGUCAGAACAACAUGUGGGACCCGGUCGUGGACUUCAGCAAUUACAUCAAGGAUAAUGAGAACAUUGAGAAUGAGGAUCUGGUUGCCUGGGUAACGGCGGGUUUCCUCCACAUCCCUCACGCCGAGGACAUCCCCAACACGGUGACGGUAGGAAACGGAGGCGCCGUCCUCAUCCGCCCACAUAAUUACUUCGACGAAGAUCCGUCCAUCCACUCGGCCGACGGCGUCUACAUCAAGCCGGGAGCAGAAAGAGACUGUGAGUACAACAAGAUGGCGUGUUUAGACAAACAGCUGUGCAACCCGACACUGGAGCCGUUCACGUACCACGGAUUCGAGGGUGUCAUGAAAUUUGAUGAAUAAACAUAUCGUUAAACAUAGUGUUUGCUGUUCCCAAUUAAUUCCUCUCCUCAUCACUAUAAUCACGUCUUCAGCCUUAGCAUCGUGUGGUAUACGCGGCCCAUUUCUUAGCUUUUUUUUUUUUCACUCACUUUUUUAUUACAGUCAAAUGAGAUUCAAUGAAGUUUUUUCUCUUUUGAGGUCCUUCUAAAAGCAAUGAAUUUGUAUACUUCUUUUAAGAACACAUUUUAUUUUGGACAAAGUAUUUUACAUAUAAAAAAAUUAAAGAGGAGACACCAGUUACCUUGAAGCUAAUUGUAUUCUCAUAAAAACAGAUCACAAAAUUCCAUUUAAACCGCAGCGGCUUGAUGAAACGACGACAUUCUUUCAUUUUAUCAAUUAAAGAAUCAUCAUUUUAAUCCAUUUACAGUUAUUUUUAACAAAUUAAUUCCUGUUCUCAUGUGCAUCGUAGCAGCUACAGACGUUACUGAAAAACCAUGAAUUGUAAAAUUCCGAUGUCGGAAAACUUCGUUCUAGCUUUAAUGAUAAAAAAAAAGCACUGACACUGGAGACUCCUUCCAUCACUGUCCAUAAACAUCUCCAUUUAUGUGGAGAGCUUUGUUACUAUAGCAACGCUAACGUAUUUGAACCAUAGAAAACCUGUGAUGUGCAGCUGACCAAUCAGGAUCCAGAAUCAGUGCUGUGCCAUGAAUAUCACAUAACCUGAUGUCAUAUAAGCUUAAAUACUGAGUGUUCGUCUUUUUAGCUACUUUCUACACCACUUUCUACCCUGUCAGAUGAAGUAACUUUACUGUCUGUCUCGUUUUGGCGGGGUUCGAUCGUUUUUGUAUACUUUUCCUACAUUAUAGUUAAAACGUAGCGAAGCUCAAUUUUACCCUCAUUUUCAGCCUACCUCAUUUCAGCCAAGAAUCCUCUGAUGUCCAGUUUCUGCAAAUGAUUAAUUCGCUAAGAUGAAA